AAAAGUAUGAUUUAAGUUGAGGUAGGAAAUGCAAAUGCAGAGAAAAGGAAAGGACUAAAAGGAAAAGCUCUUUGUGUGCGCGCCAGUCGGAGAAGAAAAAAACAGUAAAGUAAAACUCACUGAGCCUGGUGUCUGACACAGCGAGAAGAAAGGAGAGAGAGAGAAUCUCCAAGUUCAAAUAAGACCGGCAUUUUCUUAUGGUCGGAGGCGAGCUAGGUUUCAAAGGGAAAAAGGAGAACAAAAAUGGAGAAAGGAGGGGAAGAUCCUGAGUUUUCAUAUUCGUAUUAUAGGAGGAAAGAACGCAUUGCAUUGGUAGCCAUUGUAGUGCUUGCUUCAGUGGCUGUUGCUUCGCUUUUAGUGGCUUUUAGUUACUAUUGUUAUAUUCGUAACAAGGUCCUCUCUAAGCGCUCCAAAUCCCACUCUACUGUGGUUGAUUCUAAGGACAAAGCUUGCUCCACCGAUCUUGAAGUUGCUAUGGACGAAGGGCUUCAUGUCUUUACUUUUAAGCAGUUACAUUCAGCCACUGGUGGUUUCAGCAAGUCUAAUGUGGUUGGCCAUGGUGGGUUCGGGUCCGUAUACAGGGGAGUGCUUAGUAAUGGCAGGAAAGUUGCUGUCAAGUUAAUGGAUCAGGCAGGGAAGCAAGGAGAAGAAGAAUUUAAAAUGGAGGUGGAACUGCUGAAACGUCUACGUUCUCCAUAUUUGUUGGAUUUGAUUGGGUAUUGCUCAAAUAGUAGUCGUAAACUGCUUGUUUACGAGUUUAUGGCAAAUGGUGGUCUGCAGGAACAUCUGUAUCCCAUUAAUGGUUCUAACAAUGUAAACUUAAAACUGGACUGGGAAACCCGGUUGAGAAUUGCUCUGGAAGCGGCUAAGGGAUUAGAAUAUCUCCAUGAACACGUUAGCCCUCCUGUGAUUCACAGGGAUUUUAAGAGCAGUAACAUCCUUUUGGACAAAAAUUUCCAUGCCAAAGUUUCUGAUUUUGGACUGGCCAAGCUUGGAUCAGACAAAGCAGGCGGACAUGUUUCAACUCGAGUAUUGGGCACCCAGGGAUACGUUGCUCCUGAGUAUGAAAUAACAAGCUCUUACUCCAAAGUGGAGGGAUAUGCUUUAACUGGACAUCUAACUACAAAAUCAGAUGUGUAUAGUUAUGGUGUUGUUCUUUUGGAGUUGCUUACUGGCAGAGUACCAGUUGAUGCAAAGAGACCUCAUGGGGAAGGUGUUCUUGUAUCAUGGGCUUUGCCUCAGUUAACAGAUAGGGAGAAGGUCGUCCAGAUAAUGGAUCCAACACUAGAAGGUCAAUACUCAAUGAAAGAAGUGAUUCAGGUUGCAGCUAUUGCUGCUAUGUGUGUGCAACCAGAAGCUGACUACAGGCCAUUGAUGGCAGAUGUUGUCCAGUCGCUGGUUCCGCUGGUGAAAACUCACAGGUCAACAGCCAAUGUUGGUGGCUGCUCGAGCUUCCAGUAGUGCAAAGUCUCCUACAUCCCGAUAUGCAUUCCCUGUUAGGUAGGGUUAUGAGAAUAAUCAAGACUGAAGUUCAAAUGUCCUUAGCUGAACUUAGAGAUGAAAGUCUAGACUGCUAUAAUAUGGUUGGCUCUUAUCAGUAGAAAGCCCCAACCGCAGAUAUCUCUACUGUGUUAAAGCUGUGGUCAACAAACAUUCCAUCGAUUUUAUAAACCAAUUGAAGCCAAGGAUGGUAGAUAGGGUUGAAACAAAGCUAUAUCCCAUCUUUCUUGGUUGAAUA